AUGUGGUCGAGAUGCGUCCUUACGCAAGGCUUCGACGUGACUCCAGCGAUUGCCGAUAAACUUUUAAAUACGGUAUACAGCAAUAUAAAAAUCGCUACUCCGGCUAAAUUUAAAAUAGCUGAUCCAGUACGCGUCAGCAAGUUUAAGACGAUCUUCGAGAAAGGCUUCACACCUAACUGGACCACCGAGAUUUUUCGAAUAGCCAAGAUACAACGAACUAAUCCCGUAACGUAUCUGCUCAAAGAUUCGCGCGGUGAACCGAUCGCCGGAGGAUUUUACGAGCACGAAUUGCUGCGCGUCAACGAUCCCAACGUGUAUAGACAUGCGCUCGUUAUUCUCUUAUAUCGCUAUUAA